GGAAGAACGUCAUUAUUGUGCGCCACACGACAUUACAAACUGCGUAGCCUAGGGGAGGUAGCUUAGCUAGCAACAUUUCAGAGGUUUCGCUCAAGUGUACAGCGUACACUUUAUCUAAAGGGCUCCAGUCAUGGCAAUGCAAGCAGCGAAGCGUGCGAAUAUUCGCUUGCCUCCGGAGGUGAACAGGAUAUUGUACAUACGUAACCUUCCGUACAAGAUCACAGCAGAAGAAAUGUAUGAUAUCUUUGGGAAAUAUGGGCCUAUUCGUCAAAUCAGAGUUGGGAACACACCAGAGACCAGAGGAACAGCCUAUGUAGUGUAUGAGGACAUCUUUGAUGCUAAGAAUGCCUGUGAUCACCUCUCUGGAUUCAACGUGUGCAACAGAUACUUGGUUGUUUUGUACUACAAUGCAAACAGAGCAUUCCAGAAAAUGGACACAAAGAAAAAGGAAGAGCAGCUGAAAUUGCUGAAAGAGAAAUAUGGCAUAAAUACAGACCCCCCUAAGUAGUUUUCUUUAGCAUGUUUUUGUAAACAAUAAAAAGUACAAUAAAUGUAAACCCUUUAUUUUGUACAGUUUACAUAUCAUUGUUGACCAUUGCGCUGGUGAAUUUUGUUGCCUGCUGUUAGUCAUGUUUAAUAAAGACAUACCAUGUCUAGAUAGUUACUGGGCAUAUUUAACCUAUAAACUUUAUUAUUAAAUGGUUGUUUUAUAAUAGUUUGUGUUGUGAAAUGUUUUUCAACGGUGCAUCAUCUUCUGUUCAUCUUAAUUUUGCAUCCUCUUAUUUUUAGAAGUGUGCAACGUUUUAAUACUUUCCUACAGUUCUACUCUCUAGGCCAUAGCCUGAAAAUUGUCUGGCAAUAAAACUGGAUCAAGUGAA